CCCUUUCUCUCUCAGCAAUUCACUGUCUCCUCUUCCGCCAUUGUUUUGGGGCCACAAAUCAUCCAUUUCACGGCGCCUCCCAUCUAGGGUUCUUCAGUUUUCAGACGAUGAAGAAGAAGAAGGUGAAAAGUGAUGUUGAUUCCACCCCUGUUGUUGACUUAAAGUCCAUAAUUCAUCGGCAUCAAUUCUUUGACAAGUUAGUUGAGCUUGUUCCGGCAAAGUUCUAUCUACCCACAGACGACAACGAUAAGCGAUGGUUUCAGGGUCUAAACAAGACCCAAAAAGCCCUGGCCAAGAAGGAAACAAUGGAGAACAUCAAGAAAGCUCGAAGAGAUCGUUUGGAUCCCGACAAGUCUUCCGCAACAACCAUUGAUUUGUUGAAGCAAAGCUUGGAAAAGGAGAAGCAAGAUGAUGAUGACAGCAAUGACGAUGACAUGGAGACCAGACCUGUUUUGUUUGGUUUUGAUGAUGAUAAUAGGUCGGUGACGUAUGAGGAGCUCCGGCAGAGGCUUCGUCGCAGAAUCGAAGAGUUUCGGGCUACUCGAAACACUGAAGACUCGCAUAAAGCGAGCAAGAGGAAUGAGAGGAAUGAGAAGAGAGGAAUUGAGCAGAAGAAACGCAAAAGGGGGACCGAGGCAAAGGAGAAAGAGACUAAAUCUGGUAAUUCGGAAGAUAAAGUGGAGAAGGACAUUGUAGAAGCUUCAAAAGAGCUCACAUUUAGUCAUGUUAUGCUCGGGAAUGAAGACGAGCAUGGGGGGAAGAAGAAGAAGAGGCAGCUUUCGAAAUUGCAAGAGCUUGAGAGGGCCAAGAAGUUGGAGGAAGCAAGGAAAGACCCGGAGAAAGGGGACGUUAUCUCGAAGAAGCAUUCGUGGAAGGCUGCAACAAGCAGAGCUGCCGGGAUCAAGAUUCAUGAUGAUCCCAAGUUGUUGAAACAUAGUAUUCGGAAGGAAAAGAGAAUGCAACAAAAGAAUGCUCAGAAAUGGAAGGAAAGAGUUCAAACCACACAGAAGCUGAAAGCAGAGAGACAACAGAAGAGAUCAGAAAAUAUAGCAGGAAAGAAACAUGAUAAGAAGAUGCGGAAGAUUGCGAAAAGGGAGAAGAAGCUCGUGAGGCCAGGAUUUGAAGGUCGCAAGGAAGGAUUUGUCAAUGAAGGUACAGCUUGAGAUUGACUCAAGUUGACCAUUGUUUCCAGCUUGGAUAUGGGCUUUAUCGGCUUAUUUCCACAAGAAUUGGUUUAAACAGCACAUGAGAGCUCAAGGGAAAGUGUAUAAUUUUGGUUGAUCUUACAUUCCCCACCCAACAGUUUGCCAUUCCCUUAUUUCUUAGUUCGUUUGGCCCUUAGACUUUAGCAUAAUAGAUGAGUAUUGUUGCAUGAUAGUAUGCUAGUUAAUUUUCUAAAUGUCAAUGCUAAUUUUCCAUUU